GUUUUUAGCAUCUUUAAGGCAGGAUUUCCUGAUCAGCUAAAGUAAAAAAAAAUAAAAAAAAAUGAACCCAAUCCUGUAGAGUAACUUGUGCUGCAGAGCCGACCCUCCACAAAGCACUGGGCAUUCUUAGGAGCGAUGGAGGAAAUCUAUAUAAAUGUUGAAUAUGACAAAUCUGUUGACUCAACACCAUCACAAAAUCAGACAGGUCUGAGGAGCUCAGAGAGGAGAUUUCAUGGAGCUGUUGUUCUCUGUCUGGGGCUGCUAAGUGUCUUCCUGCUGGCUAGGCUCAUCGGCCUCGCUGUCCUCUACCAUCACUCAGCCGCAGAUUUCUCCACUAUCAAUACCAACCUGACGGAGCGUCUCCAGGCCAGUAAUAACAAGCUUUCCUCCAUGUCUGAAGAGAGAGAGCUGCUGAAUGCCAGCCUCAUUGAAACGACUAAAGAGCUGAACAGGCUUCAGAGUUUGGCCAGACAGAAUAAAUCGUGUCCUGCUGGAUGGAGGAUGUUCUUGUGUUCCUGUUAUCUGCUCUCCAAUAAGUCUGGUUUGUGGACAAAAGGCAGACAGGACUGCAGAAACAGAGGAGCAGAUCUGGUUGUCAUAGACAGUGCUGAAGAACAGACAUUCCUCUCUGACUUCAUCUGGGUAGAAACUUGGAUUGGUUUGACUGACGGGGAAGUGGAGGGGAGCUGGAAAUGGAUUGAUGGAACUAAACUGACUCUAAGGUAUUGGGAGGCAGCGCAGCCUGAUAAUGGUGGUGGAGAUCCAAAGUGGGGUGAGGAGGACUGUGCCCAAAUCAAACCUGGCAAGAAAACUCAAGAAAACUGGAACGAUCGGUCAUGUUCUACUUUUCUGCGAUGGAUCUGUGAGAAAGAGGCUUAGCAUUGGUGUAAAAGCAUAUGUACAUGCUUUUACAAACUAAGCUAUGAUUUUACAAAAAGCCUUUGGGAUUGAGUGUCCUUUUAUGUUUGUGUGUGUAAAAGAGAGAGUAGUGUAUUAUUACAGUUCAUUCUCAUCAGAGUUCAUCAUCCUUGAAGAACAUAUUUCUAUGUAAACUUCUCUGCAGCAGGCUGAGGAUCCUCUUGUUCAUGUUCAAGUUCAAGACUCAAAGUUUCUGCCAGGCAUCCAAAAGUGCAUUAUUUACAGUAUCAAUAUGAUCUCCUGCUCUUCUUAGUUGGUGCUUAUGAUCUUUAAUGACGAUGACAGACUUUGAAGUUUGCUUCUGCUCUGCACUUUAAAAGAUAUUUCUGUAAGAUGAUCUUAUGGUAGAAGAAAUUCAUAAACGUAUUGUUACAUUUAAGUGUCCAACAGGUCAAGUUUGGAAGAACUUACAUUUCUUUCUUAUGUAACCUCACCAACUUGCUGAUGUUCCAAAAAUUUAAUUAUUGCUUCAUCUAAAGAUUUCAGGAUAGGAUGAGACUAUUUCUUAUGGCAUCAGUCUGGUUUAAAAGCUUAGUUUGAAAGCUAUACAAUGAUAGCAUAUUAAAAUAAAUCACACAGCAGAUACAGUAGGCUACAUCAUGUUCAG